AUUUAUAUACAAUUUGAAUAGCUUCCAUUGAUAGAGACUUAGUUGAAAAUACCCAGACAUAACGGAAAUAAUAAAAAACACUGUGGAAUGUCACACGACCUGACUUGGGGCUGGUAAGCGAAUGCGUAAUUAACGGAUCUCCACCUCUCCAAUCAGCCGGAGUGAGUGACUCCAGAAUCUAUUCGCAGCUGCUCUUACUACCCUCCGCAUUUGGAACUGAACAGCUGCUAAAACGUUUGAACAAUUUUUCAGAAUGCGAACAGGGCAUGCUGUCAGACAGGGGCGAACCGGUGCUGUAUCUCAACCAGCAGAAUAAUGGCUGAGGACUAUUGGGAGAGCACACUGGUUUUGGGAUAUUUUUGCUAAGAUUACAAGGGCAUACGGGAUCUCGCGUCCUCGGAGAGCUUGAACUGUGGCUACCCCUCCGCCCUCUGCGUCUCGGCCCCCGCCCUCCACGUCUCGCCCCCCACCCUCCGCAUCCCGCCCCCCGCUGCCCCCUCUGAUGGACCGCAUGAGGAAGAUCAAGCGGCAGCUGUCCCUCACCCUGAGGGGGGGCAGCAGUGGGGAUAAGACCAGUGAGACCAUCAGCCCUCAGGACACAGUGCACAGUCACAGUGACUCCGAGACCAUGUCAGUGCGGGGCAGUGGCACUGGCAGUUUGCGGGGUUCAGUGCGAGGCAGUGGUGGUGGAGGCUCGUUCAGCAUGCACUCCCUGCUCCAGUCGUACGGCUCCGCCCUGCGCCGACCACACAGCCUGGGCCGCAGCCUCAGCUCCUAUCUCAACCACACCACACGCCUGGAGAUAGUUCAUGAAGAUGUGAAGAUCGGCUCUGAUGGGGAGAGUGACCAGGUCUCGGCCACCUCUUCUGAUGAAGUACACAGUCCUGUCAGGGUCCGCCUCAGGAACAACUCUGUACGCAAGAUAUCCACCGAGGAUAUAAACAAGCGGUUGUCCUUGCCUGCGGACAUCCGUCUCCCAGAUGGCUACCUGGAGAAGUUCUGUCUGAACAGUCCUCUUUUUGACAAACCUCUGAGCCGGAGGCUAAGGAGAGUCUCCCUGUCCGAGAUUGGCUUUGGGAAGCUGGAGACCUAUGUGAAGCUGGACAAGCUAGGAGAGGGAACCUAUGCCACCGUAUACAAAGGGCGCAGCAAGCUGACUGACAACCUGGUGGCUCUGAAAGAGAUCCGAUUGGAGCAUGAGGAGGGGGCCCCCUGCACUGCCAUCAGAGAAGUGUCUCUGCUGAAGGAUCUGAAACACGCGAACAUAGUGACCCUCCAUGACAUCAUCCACACGCAGAAGUCUCUCACGCUAGUCUUUGAGUACCUGGAUAAAGACCUUAAGCAGUAUCUGGAGGAUUGUGGCAACUCUAUCCACAUGCACAAUGUGAAGCUCUUCCUGUUCCAGCUGCUGCGCGGCCUCAACUACUGCCACCGCCGCAAAGUCCUCCACAGAGACCUCAAACCCCAGAACCUGCUCAUCAACGACCGCGGAGAGCUCAAACUGGCUGACUUUGGCCUGGCCCGGGCUAAGUCCAUUCCCACCAAGACAUACUCCAAUGAGGUGGUGACGCUAUGGUACCGUCCCCCAGACAUCCUCCUAGGAAGCACUGACUACUCAACGCAGAUAGAUAUGUGGGGAGUGGGUUGUAUCUUCUACGAGAUGUCUACAGGCCGCCCCCUGUUUCCUGGUUCCACAGUGGAGGAGGAGCUGCACUUCAUCUUUAAACUGCUAGGUACACCCAAUGAGACAUCCUGGCCUGGAAUCACCUCCAAUGAGGAGUUCAUCUCAUACAACUACCCCCGGUACAGAGCCGACUGUCUACGGAAUCACACACCAAGACUGGACAAUGAAGGAGUGGAACUGCUGUCCAAACUGCUGCAGUUUGAGGGAAAGAAGCGCAUCUCAGCAGAGGAGGCCAUGAGGCAUCUAUACUUCCACAGUCUGGGAGACCGAGUCAUCACACUGCCUGACACUACAUCAAUAUUUUCACUUCAAGACAUUCAGCUGGAGAAGGAGCCCGGCUGUAGAAGCAGCUCCUUGUCUGACUCAGUGAACAGCAUAUCUCGACGACAGAGCCUGCUUUUCUGAGUGGAGUGAGAGAGAGACGGACGAACGAGAGGACGGGAAGCUGAGACAUUUCCGUGUGCGAUGAAGGGAUACAUAUUCAUCAUCUUUAUACCUUUUGAAUUGUCAUUGUUGGUCCAUUUAGUGUUGAGAGGUUCACUAGCUGUUUACAUGUAAGACGAGGCUGAGGAGGAUACCUGUUUUUCUUCUGUGUUUGCUCUCAAUAUGCACUCUCUCCUCUAUAUAGAAAAGUUUACUGUCAGACACACUUUUACCAUCACGUAUACUGUAAAUGCUGACAGGCAAAGAAAGCCUUACCAUUUUUCCUUGUAUAGCUAACUACUGUGAUCUUUAGUUUACAGGCUGACAUAAUUGCAGCCCUGUAUAAUUAAAUUUAGACAUGUCAGGACAUUCUUUGAAUGCAAUAAUCACCCGUACAUUUUAAUGGAUUUGGACCAAAGUUUUCGACUCACUUAAAUUAUGCACAAUGCUAUUGUAAUACCCCUAGCUAGAACCUUUCUAUGUUUUAUUGUAUAAUACCACAAUGAAGGAAUAAUUUGAAAAAUGACAAGGCUUGAAUAAGUGAUACGUUGAUUAGAGUUGUCUUCUAAUUGAGGGGGGAAUAAUAAUACGGUGAGGCUGUAGUGUCUCACCUUGGUCUUCCACACUCCCAUUUCCACCACAGUAAGGUAUUACAGUAUCCCUCCCAUUUCCACCACAGCAAGGUAUUACAGUAUCCCUCCCAUUUCCACCACAGUAAGGUAUUACAGUAUCCCUCCCAUUUCCACCACAGUAAGGUAUUACAGUCUAUCCCUCCCAUUUCCACCACAGUAAGGUAUUACAGUAUCCCUCCCAUUUCCACCACAGUAAGGUAUUACAGUAUCCCUCCCAUUUCCACCACAGUAAGGUAUUACAGUAUCCCUCCCAUUUCCACCACAGUAAGGUAUUACAGUAUCCCUCCCAUUUCCACCACAGUAAGGUAUUACAGUAUCCCUCCCAUUUCCACCACAGCAAGGUAUUACGGUCUAUCCCUCCCAUUUCCACCACAGCAAGGUAUUACGGUCUAUCCCUCCCAUUUCCACCACAGCAAGGUAUUACGGUCUAUCCCUCCCAUUUCCACCACAGCAAGGUAUUACGGUCUAUCCCUCCCAUUUCCACCACAGCAAGGUAUUACAGUCUAUCCCUCCCAUUUCCACCACAGCAAGCUAUUACAGUAUCCCUCCCAUUUCCACCACAGCAAGGUAUUAGUCUAUCCCUCCCAUUUCCACCACAGCAAGGUAUUACAGUAUCCCUCCCAUUUCCACCACAGCAAGGUAUUACGGUCUAUCCCUCCCAUUUCCACCACAGCAAGGUAUUACGGUCUAUCCCUCCCAUUUCCACCACAGCAAGGUAUUACAGUCUAUCCCUCCCAUUUCCACCACAGCAAGGUAUUACAGUCUAUCCCUCCCAUUUCCACCACAGCAAGCUAUUACAGUAUCCCUCCCAUUUCCACCACAGCAAGGUAUUAGUCUAUCCCUCCCAUUUGCACCACAGCAAGCUAUUACAGUAUCCCUCCCAUUUCCACCACAGCAAGGUAUUACAGUCUAUCCCUCCCAUUUGCACCACAGUAAGGUAUUACAGUAUCCCUCCCAUUUCCACCACAGCAAGGUAUUACAGUCUAUCCCUCCCAUCUCCACCACAGCAAGGUAUUACAGUCUAUCCCUCCCAUUUCCACCACAGCAAGGUAUUACAGUCUAUCCCUCCCAUUUCCACCACAGCAAGUUAUUACAGUGUAUCCCUCCCAUUUCCACCACAGCAAGUUAUUACAGUGUAUCCCUCCCAUUUCCACCACAGCAAGGUAUUACAGUCUAUCCCUCCCAUCUCCAUCAAUCCAAGGUAUUAGUCUAUCCCUCCCAUCUCCGUAAUCAUUGAAGGGGGAUAUUAGUUUAGUACCAGGUAGAUUAAUCCCAACAGUGUCAUGGUGGCAUUUGGGGCAAAUCCUCAUGUUGUAUUUAUUUAUUUAUUUUCAUAAUUCUGUGCUUGGCUGAUAUGGUACAAUGGUUUGAAAGAACAGCACUUCUGUUCUAUUUUCACACAACGUUUUGCAGUUCUCUGAGGAAUCCAUAGCACUUACAGGAAUUCUCCUCAUUCUUGCAGGAAUUCUGGAAUUUGGGGAAUCGUUGUACCAAAAACCUGGAGAUGGCGUUCUCUAUAUUGAUUAUAUAGACAUGCAUCCAAUACAAAUUGAGCUUCCACAGUGAAACAUCACAACCCUGAUAGGUUUAAUGACUCUUUAGCGCACAGGGUACAGUAUUGUUGGGUAUAAUGUAAUUGUGUUUACACAUCUACCUGUUUGGAGUGAAAGAGACAGUGGGGAAAUUUGCAGACUAUGUACAGGGUGAUGUGUGGUCAUCAUUCUGAGGAGAGUGAGAGAGUGCACCAGACACAGUGUCACUACUUUUACACCGCCUGCUGAUGUAGUUAGCCCACCUAUUAACCACGGCUGUUGUUCUAAAGCAGUGGUUCCCAGCCUUUUACCCAUGUACAUUUUACCAGUAGGCCUAUGGUCUCAUGAGUCUUCUCAAGUACCCCCUGUGGAUAGGCCAAGUACCCCCUGUGGAUAGGCCACGUUCCCCCUGUGGAUAGGCCACGUUCCCCCUGUGGAUAGGCCAAGUACCCCCUGUGGAUAGGCCACGUUCCCCCUGUGGAUAGGCCAAGUUCCCCUGGUUGGGAACCACUGUUCUAAAGCACUUCAGUAUGUGGAUUCUGUGAAAACCAAAGUGAACAUGCAUAAAACUGUCAUCUGAAA